AAAAAAAACUUUGUCUUUGCCAAAUUUUGAUAGCACGAUGAUGGUGUUCUUGAUUUUUUUGUGAAAUUAAAUAUUUUUCUUGCGUAAAUUCCUUAAAUUCUACUUUGCAAGCUUGUAAUUUUCGAAAAAAAAAACAAUUUCUCUUUAGGCAUCAGUUUUCCAACUCGGCAUGAUGGUGGAAGGUGCAGCAUUUGGUCGGAACGAUGUGUUCCAAAUGGCAGUCCGUGUUGCUUUUGUGUCCGCCGUAACUUAUUUCUCUAUUAAAUGGCUGGUUAACCAGAUCGAUCCGACUUCUAAGAGCAGGAAGAAAGCCGAGGAGAAGGCCAGGGAGCAGUUACGCAAGGUGUCUUGCAGAGCGGGGCUCGGCGGGAAGCACUCGGUGGCGCUGGACAAGCUCACGGACCACGAGAUGAUCAUCGCCUCACAGCUGGUGGUGCCUGAUGAGAUCAAUGUGGACUGGAAGGACAUCGCUGGCCUAGACCACCUGAUCCAGGAGCUGCGGGAGACGGUGAUCCUGCCCAUACAGAAGCGGGACCUGUUCUCCGACUCCAAGCUCACGCAGCCACCCAAGGGAGUUUUGUUGCAUGGGCCACCAGGCUGCGGCAAGACCCUGAUAGCGAAGGCGACGGCCAAGGAGGCUCAGAUGAGCUUCAUCAACCUGGACGUGUCUCUGCUCACGGACAAGUGGUACGGGGAGACGCAGAAGCUAGCUGCCGCUGUCUUCAGCCUCGCGGUCAAGUUGCAGCCCUGCAUUGUGUUUAUUGACGAGAUCGAGUCGUUCCUGCGCACGCGCACGUCGCACGACCACGAGGCCACCGCCAUGAUGAAGACGCAGUUCAUGUCGCUGUGGGACGGCCUCAUCACCGAGCCCACCUGCACCGUCAUCAUCAUGGGAGCGACGAACCGUCCUCAAGACCUGGACAAGGCCAUCCAGCGCCGGAUGCCGGCGACCUUCCACGUGCCCAUGCCGAGUCGCGGCCAGAGGGAGAGGAUCCUGCAGCUGAUACUGCGCCACGAGCCCACCGCCACUGACAUUGACUACGAGACGUUGGCGGCGGCUACAGAAGGCUUCUCUGGCUCGGACCUGCACGAGCUGUGUCGGCAGGCGGCCGUGUACCGCGUGCGCGACCUGGCCCGGGGGGAGAUGGAUAAGGAAAAAAGCAAUGGCACAUCAGCCAAGAGUUCCUCUCUGAAUACCACAGCUGAUUCCGACGAAGAAUUCGUGGAUGCCGUCAGACCGAUCACUAUGGAGGACCUCCGACUUUCACUGACUAAACUCAAGGAGUCCAAGAUCGCUUGCGGAAUGCUGGCACCGAAUCUACGGAUAGAGCUUGACUAGAGAGGUUUGGAUUGGACGGUUGUUUAGUUGAUUUGUUUUGUUUUGUGCCCGUGUUUGUGAAGCGGUGGGUCUAGGUUGGCUGGUUCUGGUGUUGUAAUAUUUGAAUUUGAAGUGAUAGAAAUUCUCAAUAGGUAUUGGUAAAAAAUCCUGUUGUACGCUCAUGGUUAUUUCAGCACAAAGUUUAAAACGGUUAUACUUACCUAUAAAUUGGAGAUGUGUUGCCGCAAAACAGAAUCGGGUACGGAUUACGUCAUAUUAUUGAUGCCAGUGAUAAAAAAAGGAUAAUAUUAUAUAAGUGUUUUCUAUCUUCACUGUAUGUCUUUAGCGAAGCCUAGGCCUACUGCUAAUUAUGAACAUCGGGUAUGAGUGGUUUAUUGACCGGGUGAAAUUUGGCUGCAUUUUAAUGUUAUAGAAUAGGAUUGUUAGGAUAGAUUCGAUGCGAUUGCUUAGAAUUGGAAAAUGGCGACACUCUAUCUUAUCUAUGGAGUUUAAUAAUGUUUCGAUAAUAAUUUUAAGAGUUGGGGAACCAAAUUGAAGGUGUUUUAAAUCAUGGUGUUUUGUGUGAAUGGAAGAGCGAUGAAUAAGUAGGUUUAUUGAAUAAACUUUUUGUACUGGUUUGCCGAAGCAUGUUAGUAGAGUGAUGAUAUGUAGUGGGGUCGAUUAGUCUGCAAUGAAAUAUAGAUUUUAUGAGGGUUUAAGAAACAUAAUAAAUAAACGGUUGUUAAUAGAAGUCGUGGAGGUAAGUAAGUAAAUUGUGAAGUACCUACCGCAUAACUGAAUUGCAGCUAAUUUCAAUUGUCCGAAUAAUUUAGUUGUGUUAUUUCAUAAAAUAGAUCUUGCUUUACAUUUAAAAGUAGUUUCCACCAAAGUUUCUGUGAAUUAUCAAAGAUAAUGCUUUAGAUUAGUUUUAAAAGCUUUUAAAUAAAUCUUUUAUCUAUUCUAUAUCUAAAAGAGGAUGUUCUAUAGAGAUUUAAAUAUUAAAGUUAUCGUGCAAAACACCGUACCUAUAAUAUUAAGAUGUUUCACAUUAUUUACCACUGUUAAAUCUAAUCAAAGUAUGUUUAGAAUCUAAAUUAUCUGAAAUUUAUUGAUAUUUAAAUUAUUUUGAUAUAAAAUUUAGCAGAAAUCCAAUAUUAUCUUAUGGUAUUGUCAUUUUAGUGCUGUAACAAGAAAAAAUCCUAUUUUAUUGGAGCCAUAAAUAAAUCAUAAAAACUCGGGUACUACAGAAAAUUAAUUUAGAAAUUAAACAUAUGUUCAAGUAACUAUUUAAAAAUCUAUGUGCGUUCUAUUUCACAUCACUAUUGUAAAUAGCUUCGGUAAAAUAAUUCUUCUAGUUACGAUAAUGAAAAGCAUUGCUGCUUUACGCUACGUAAGUAUUGGGAGUAUAAAUCUGUGGCAAAAUAUCAAUAUACAUACGAAUUGUAAGAAAGGGAUAUAUAAGGUAAGCGUCCACCUAUCGGUUUCAUACGUAUCGCACCAAACGGAUUGUCAUAAAAGUAUGGAGAAACGGCGUCGGCAAUGCCAAUGAAGUGGACGCACUUUUGUGUAUUUCUAUUCAAAUAAUACUGAAUGCGAUGCGUCCGUUGCGUACGAUGCCAAAAGAUGGACGUUUACCUUUAUGCCAAUACAAUAAAAUUAGUCGUGUAUUAUGCAGAUCGGUAUGUAUUUAAUAGGGUUUCUAUAACAAAAACAAAAUGUGGUGUACAAAAUUGGUAAAUUAAUAAUUAAUCAGACAAAGGGCCGUCAUAUUUUGUAUAUUUUGGCAAUCGUUGGUUCUUUCAGGCUUUGGCUGGCCCAAACUCGUGCUAUUAGUUGUAAACUUAAUUUAACAAAUAAUAUACACAUACUUAGCGGUGUUUUACUUGGUCUUAGCGAGCUUUAUGAGUGGAAUGGUCGUACACAUGGGCUUUUAGAUCUUUUAUAAACGAAAACGUUUAUAAGGAACGAACGUUUAACGAAAUAAAUAUUUAUAAGAAAAUUGCAAUAUACUACGUAAAUGCUAAGGCUAAGUAAAGCAACGCUGAAACACUGAUAAUAAUUUAUUAUUGGGCAGGCUAAAUAUGUGUGUCUGUUGCGUUUAAACAAAUUAAUAUUCUAAAGUAAUAAGACAAUAAGAUUGCAAUUACAUUGACGAGUUCAGUUUCAUGCAAAUUGUAAAAACCUGUACUAUGUGUAAACUCAGCAGUUCUAACUUUCCUGCUGCUGCUACACGGGUUCGUUAUCGACGUAGAUAAACGACACUAUAUCGCGAUUCGCCAUAAAUGCAGCGCUGUGAUUGGUGGAACGCGCAUUAAACUAGUUUAUCGACGUCGAUAACGAACCCGUGUAGCGGCCGCUGUAGGUUGUAUUUAUUUGACAGACAAAAAAAAUGUAUUACGUAGAGCCCAUUUUGUAAAUGUGUGCAUUUUUUAUUUAUACGUCUUUUAUAAACUUUUGCUGUGUCUAGAUUAGAAAUAUGACUAAUGACCUAAACUGUGACAACAUUCUGUUAUGUUUUAUUAUAUUUUAGGGGCCUAUGUCCAGCAGGGCACUUAUGUUACGAUUAUAUUGGCUGAUGAUUAUUAUGAGUUCUAGCAAGGAAAUCUUUAUAUAAUUGUAUUUUUAUUUCUGACCUAUAUUUCAGUAGUCUCUUAUAAGUAGAACCUUCAAAAAGUUUAGUUUUAUUGACAGGGAUAGUUGCGAGGCUGUGCAUGCAAAAUUAGCUUAUAGUUAGUUCGUACAUAUUAAUGCUUUCUCCGUUUUUUAUUGUGUUAGGCCUAAAAGUAUCUGUUCAUUUAUUUCUGCGAGUUCAGAUUACAGAAAUUCACCAGUGAUUUAAAUUGAAACACUUUAACUGUAACUAGUGAUGAUUGCACAAACAUAGAGUCAGAAUUCGCUAAUUUGACAACGGAAACAAGUGACAACACCAAAAAAGCUAUUUUUUUCUUGUUCGUGAAUUUAUGGAUCCCAGU